AUGGCAGAGUUGAUAAAAAAUCCUGACAUUUUACGCAGAGUUGUCGAAGAAGUUGCAAAGGCAUUCGAAGGAGAUAUGUUAAUCGACGAAGCAGUUUUAACCGAGUCUAAGUACUUACAAGCUUGUAUAAAGGAAACACUAAGAUUCCACAUGCCGGGCCCAUUCUUAGUGCCACAUCGUGCAAUUGAGAAGUGCAAGAUCCACGAUUACGUAAUACCGAAGGAUAGUGUAGUCCUGGUGAAUACUUGGGACAUUUCGCUGGAUCCCGAAUAUUGGAAAGAUGCUUCGAGUUUCAAUCCCGACAGGUUUUUAACUGGCGACUCGAAAAUUGAUUUUAGAGGGGCCCACUUUGAAUAUACACCAUUUGGCGCCGGAAGAAGAAUGUGCCCUGGAUUCAAUUUGGCUUUCAAGAGUAUUCAAAUUGUGGUGGCAUCUUUAGUGCAUUAUUUUGAUUGGAGUCUUCCCAAUGGAAUGGAUCCGACCCGAAUUGACACGGAUUCCGUAUUUGGAACAGUGCUCAAGAAGAAGAAACCAUUACUUUUGAUUCCGACUCCAAGAGAUCGGAACAAAAUGCGAUAA